AUGACAAAGGCAUUGUGGAGAAAAAGAUGGCUUUUCCCGGAUGAAAUGAAAAUUGGAUUCAUGGAAUAG